AUGGCUGCCCUCAUAGCAGAGAACUUCCGCUUCCUGUCACUCUUCUUCAAGAGCAAGGAUGUAAUGAUCUUCAAUGGGUUGGUGGCCCUGGGCACCGUGGGCAGCCAGGAGCUCUUCUCUGUGGUGGCUUUCCACUGCCCCUGUGCACCAGCCCGGAACUACCUGUAUGGGCUGACGGCCAUCGGGGUGCCGGCCCUGGUGCUCUUCCUCAUCAGCAUCAUCCUCAACAAUCAAACCUGGAACUUGGUGACUGAGUGCCAGUACCGCAGGGCCAAGAACUUCUCGGCUGCCCCCAUUUUUCUGCUCCUGAGCUCCAUCGUGGGCCGGGCAGCGGUCGCCCCUGUCACCUGGUCCGUCAUCUCCCUGCUGCGCGGUGAGGCCUAUGUCUGUGCACUCAGCGAGUUUGUGGACCCGACCUCACUCUCUUCUGGGGACAAAGAAUUUCCUGUCCCCAAUGCCUCCCAGAUUCUGGCCAAAUUCCCUUGCAAGGAGUGUCCUGAUCACCUGUUAGUAUUCCGGGAAGAGGUCAGCCGCAGGCUCAAGUAUGAAUCUCAGCUCUUUGGGUGGCUGCUCAUCGGCACUGUGGCCAUACUGGUGUUCCUGACCAAGUGCCUCAAGCACUACUGCUCACCACUCAGCUACCGCCAGGAGUCCUACUGGGCCCGCUACCGCGCCAACGAAGACCAGCUCUUCCAGCACACAGCCGAGGUGCACGCACGCGUACUGGCGGCCAACAAUGUGCGGCGCUUCUUUGGCUUCGUGGCACUCAACAAAGAGGACGAGGAGCUGGUGGCCAAGUUCCCCGUGGAAAGCACACAGCCACGGCCACAGUGGAAUGCCAUCACUGGUGUUUACCUGUACCGUGAGAACAUGGGCCUCCCCCUCUACAGCCGCCUACACAAGUGGGCCCAGGGCCUGGGGGGCAAAGCCACAGCCCCUGACAUGGAGAUGGCCCUGCUGCCCCCUUCAGGUCAGUGUCUGACACCCACAACACCGGCCCAAAGUGCCUGGGGCAAGUGA